AUGGCUCUGGAAGUCCUGUUUCCGGAUGUUCAAACCUUAGGACUAGACGAAAUCUCCAAGUCUACCUUUACAAAUACCAUACUUGAGCGGUACGACAAAUCUCCAGCGCCUUCGACACUACCAUCCGUGCAGCUUGAUGUCCGAAAAUGGCAGGAACAAGCUCACUCGCUGCCACAAUGGCGACCAAGGUACCAUAUCACAGCGCCUCGCGGCUGGAUGAACGACCCUUGUGCACCCGGGUACGAUGUUCGAACAGGUCAAUACCAUGUCAACUUCCAAUGGAACCCGUCAAGCUGCAGCUGGGAACCGCCGUCGUGGGGUACUGCUUGUUCUUCUGAUUUCAUGAACUGGAGAGUAUCAUCACGCGAAGCAAUGAAUCCGACGUCGACGCAAGAUUUCAGUGGCGUCUUCACAGGCUGUAUGCUUCCUUCACGAUCCUGCCAGGGCGUGACGAAACCCAAUCGCAAGCAGGUAGCGUUUUACACUUCUGCUCAGUCCCUACCGAUCCACUACACCUUGCCGUACAGACGAGGCAGUGAGAAACUUGCCCUUGCGACUUCAUCAGACAGUGGCAUGACAUGGCAGAGAUGUCCAGACAAUAUCACUCUUGAAGAGCCUCCACCUGGACUUGAUAUUACAGGCUGGCGAGAUCCGUACAUCGGAGAGUGGCAUGCUCUUGACGAGGUACUCGGCACACGUCGAGGUCAACUAUACGGCGUUGUGUCUGGUGGUCUCCGUGGCGAAACUCCCACGGUUUUCUUGUAUCACAUCGACACAGUGGAUCCAACGAAAUGGACAUACCUCAGCUCGCUGACGAGCGUGGGCCUCAACUACAACCCCUCACGGUGGACAGGUGACUUUGGCAUUAAUUGGGAAGUCUGCAACUUUCUGAGCCUACAAGAUGAGGCGGACAAGACUCACUCCUUCCUCAUUAUCAGUGCUGAGGGCAUCACCAAGUCAGACAGCAGGAGUGGUGAGAUCAGUAAAGAUCAUCGUCAGAUUAUCGAUACGGCGGAGUACUUGACCAUGCUGCUUCUACGCUCCAAUGGCUUCUGGGACCCGGCGACCGGUCACUUUGUCACAAUAGGCUGGCUAUUCGAAGAAGAUCUGCCGCAAACCGCCGUGCAGAAGCAAGGCUGGAGUGGCUGCCUAUCUACCCCGAGGAUCUUGCAACUCAGGACGUGGGAAAGGGUCGCGCGGUCCUUGAAGACGCCGUUGGGCGAAUUGAGCUGCUUCGACAGUACAGCGGAUGCCAGUGGGACUUACACAAUGAGGACAUUGACCGCCAUGCCAGACCCGCGGCUCCAGGACAUGCGCGGUCCGCCUUUUACACUAUUGGAUGGCUCAAUUAUUGACUUUCCUGAGAAUGGGUGUGCUUCCUGGGAGCUCGACCUGGACUUCUGUAUGUCAAAUCGAAGCCAGCGCAUGGGAUUCGACAUUUUCCAUUCUCCCGACCAUAGCCAGCUUACAAGGGUUUACUUCGAGCCUCUUUCGGAAAUACUCACAGUCGACCGUUCACGGUCAACUACGAUUAGAGGUGUUGGCACUGGGAAGAAGACAGCGCCACACACGCUGUUCGAGAUCGAGGGCAACGACAACAGCGCUAUGCUUGAAGACCUUACUUUCCAUGCCUUCUACGAUGCCAGUGUGCUCGAGAUUUUCGUCAACGAACGGACGGCUCUGUCGACUCGGGUGUAUCCUGAUUCUGGAACUGUGUACGGCAUCAAGGCUUUCUGUGAGGUGGAUGUGGAUUAUGCAACGAGGGAUGAGGCUCUUCAGCAAACUACCGAGCGACAUUCUAGCGUGGAGAGAAUGCAGGCAUGGCCGCUAAACGGUGUAGUCACUUCCCUAUGA